AUGCCGAUGUUGCAUCGAGUGCGGCCUCGCACGUCUCGCGGCGAGGACCGCCUUAGCAUGCUCCAUGACGAUCUGAUCCUCCUCAUAGUAAGCAGGCUGGACACCCGAACAGUGCUCUCCAUGGCCGUCCUCGCCAGGCGAUGGGUUCGCAUCCCCCGCGAGCUGUCGGUGCUCGACUUCAGGGUGAGCGACAUACUCCCGCCGGAGUAUGAACGGACCGUCGCCCUUCGCCGGCGCAACUUGACGCGUGACGCCACUUUGGCCGGGACACUCGACGGUCUCAAGGCGCGAUGCGAGAUCGACACAAUCAGGUCAUUCACCAACGGAAUCACGAGCUUCUUGGAAGCAGAAGGUGGCCAUGACCGGCGCGUGAAGACCCUCCGUCUUGAGUUUUUCCGGACAUACAAUAGCAUUUGUGUGGACCGCCUGAUCAAUGUUGCGGUCGGCGCAUGGGGGGUGGAAGAUCUGGAGGUUGUCGUCAGGCAAUCGUCCGGCUAUGAUCAGACGCGGACAUACAGCUUCCCCCACAACUGCCUCAACCUCCGGUCUUGCCUGCGCAGCUUGACGUUGGGCAAGUAUUGUGCACUGCCACCGCUGCAUAGCUACAACACGCUCACCAAGCUCAUCCUGCGUGACAUGUCAGCUUCCACGCCCGUUGCCAUGUAUGAGAGGGUGUUCAAAGACUGCACCGGGCUGCAAGUGCUUCACCUCAUGUUCUGCUGCUGUGCACAUACCACUCUAGUGGUGGACGCGUCGUGUUCACAUAUCAGGGAACUCGUCCUUGAAGAGUGCUCGUUCUUUGUGAUCGAGCUGCGCGACCUCCCAAUGCUUGUCCGCCUGGCGUGCUGCCUAACCGACACUUCAAAGAUUCUAUUUGGCUCAGUUCCAAGCCUCAUGGACACUAACCUCUCAUUCUCUCUAGAGGAUGAUAGUAAAGUGGCGGCACGGUGGAUAGAUGAGUUCGACUCGUUCCUCGGUAUGUCCCCCACCAUGACGAACCUUGUCAUCCGAUUUAUUGGGCGGAGAACAUGGAUUCGGCCCAGUCAUCUGGAGAGGAAGUUGCCGCACCUGAAAAAGCUCCUUGUCGCUGACAUGCCUUCAAAUUGGGAUAUCUCAUGGACACGUGGCCUCCUCAUGGCCUCGACAUUUCUCGAGGUCUUGCACAUCCACGUGCCCCACUCAGAAACGGAGCCAGAUUGCCUGCGCGGGAUGAAUUGGUCGAAAUCCCGCAAUGAGCUUCGGCACCAUCACCUCAAGGAGCUGGUCGUGAUUGGAUUCACGCAGCGUAACAUAUGGCUUUUGAAGUAUGUUGUGAGGGUGUGCACAUCGUUGCAACGCAUUGUUUUGCUGAAGGAUGGCCAUGUUCGGUACAUCGGACUCUGGGAUUGGCGGAUGGUCGGGCAGCAAACAUGUCCAUGGAGCGAUGAUGAGAAAAUAGUGGUGAGAAGAAUGAUGAAAAAAUUUGGGCUCAGGCCUCUUCCUGAACUGAUCUUGGGUUAA